CCCGCCCUUGGAGGCACAGGCCCCGCCUCUCGGGCAAUGCGUUUCCGGCGUUGUAACGCGGCGCUGGUUGGCUGGCGAGGCGGAGAGCAUGGCGGCGUCCGUGCUGGGCUCGCUGCUGCGGACUUUCCGGCAGGCGGUUCCUCCAUCUGCAUCAAGUCAGGUUCGAGGUUACUAUGUAGACUGGAAAAUGUUGCGUGAUGUGAAGAGACGAAAAAUGGCUUAUGAGUAUGCAGAUGAGAGACUUCGGAUAAAUUCUCUCAGAAAGAACACCAUUUUGCCAAAAGACCUUCAGGAAAUGGCUAGUGAAGAAAUUGCUGCCCUUCCACGGGAUAGCUGUCCUGUGAGAAUCAGAAAUCGGUGUGUUAUGACAUCCCGUCCACGUGGUGUAAAGCGUCGCUGGAGGCUUAGUCGAAUUGUCUUCCGCCACUUAGCUGACCAUGGGCUGCUUUCUGGAGUUCAGCGAGCAAUAUGGUAAAUCAGCUGCCCGGGAAGCCAAUCCUGGCAAUAGAGACUUUACUAAUAGACUAAAGUUUUUAUCGGGUCUAGUAUGUUUAGUCUACCUGAUACUGUUGACAGUUAAAUUACUUUUAGAUUUUUAAAUAACGAAAUGUGGUGAUUUGUCAUUGAAUUGUCUUUUCUCUUUAAUUUUACAAUAGGCAUAUUACUCUUAUACAAGGGAUGAGUGGAAUAAAAAUAUUUUCUGUGGAAGUAUGGUGUUUUCCUUCAAGUUUGAUGUUUAGUAACAGAAUAACGUGUUUUUUAAUAGUGAUUUCACAAAACAGUUAUAGACAUCCCAGCUAAUUGACAAGUUGCUUUUCUAUGGCAUUGUACCCCUGGGCUAGCUUCCCUGGCCAGCAAUUAAUACCACCUUUGGAAUAACAGUAGAUAGCAAGUUAAAGAGGAUAUUUUAGAUUACAUUUAGUGUCAACUUUUUGUGACAGUAAGUAACUGCUAAAUAGCUUUUUGUUUCAUCUUUUUAAAGUGUUUAUUUAUCUGCAUGUAAAUCUGUGCUCCAUGUGUGUACCUGGUACUCAAGAGGCCAGAUGAGGGCAUUGGAUCCCAAAUUACAAACAAUUGUGUUGGGAAUUGAAUUGGGGUCAUUUGGAAGAGUAGCCAGUGUUCUUGACCACUGAGCCAUCUCUCCACCCUCUAGUUGUCCAUCUUUUAAUUGUUAUAUUAAUCAGUGAGUUCCGAUAGGGCUAGCCUGAUCUUUGCAUUUAAAACUCACCUGUUGUCAGAGGCUUACACAUUUCACUAAUGACUGUUUACCCUGAUCUUCUCAUUAGAUUUUCUAAUUCUAUCUUUGCUCAUCAGCUUCUCUUUUUCUUUGUAGAGAACUUUCCCUAUCAAGAAUUACUAAAAUGUAUUUCUUAAUGUGUAAUAAAUUUUCAUAGUAAACAAGUUGGUACACAUACCAAUAAAAAUGGAAACAAAUUCAUUCUUCA